UAUGUUCUCUAAUCAGCAGAUGAACCCGAUUGUCUCUCCGGCCCUGUCUCAUCAACAUCCCAUCUAUGGGAUGCCAAAUUGGACGGGCCAUGCCUUUAUGCCUUGGACUCAUUAGCAAGGCAAUGCAGCGAUGAUGCAGUAUCACAUAUUCCAAGGAAUUCCAAGAGAACCAUCGGGUCUAGGCGAUCAACAGCUCAUGCCGGACUUUCGAGUCACUUCUACCUCGACGGCUACGAUCCCUCCAGGGACUUCUCCGGCAGGUACCACAGGAGGCCCUCCCCGCCCAUCAGCAGCAGUGGCAUCAAGGAGCUCAUCGGCGCGACCAAGAUCCGCCACUCCAGGCAAGCAACGCCGACUUGAUGUUGAAGGGAGCUUCGUGGCGAUCGAACAACGAGACGAAGAAGCUUCAGAACCUUCUACCCCUCACUCUGAUUCCUCGCAGUGGGUCACUGGGGAAUUGAGUCAGUCUGAGACGAAGAAAUGCAGUGGACGAGCCAGCGACACACACAGCAGGGGUCUGGGGAGUUGCUGCUUAUCACUGUUAUCAGUGAAUCUUCCUUCACUCACUGAACUGCUGCCACUGACAGCUGUCACCGCUGCAACGGAGCUGCCAGAAAAAGAAGAGAAGAGAAAAUUUGAAGUUCAAGAAUUUCACAAAGGAAGUGCAGAGUCGAAGAGUUGCCUCCUGACUCGGCGACUCGCUGGUCAACAACUGAGCAAGGCAGAGCAACUGAUUGAUCUUGCAGUGGAGGACCUUCCACUGUCGAGGCCAUCACCGCAACUUCCACUUCCGGGAGUGUCACCACCAAUGGCGCUGUGGAUGAAGCUCAUGGAUGUGGUGCUCUACCCACCCUUGCUCUUCGUUCUCCUCCUCCUGCAACCCAUCCUGUUGUUCAAGUACGCAGUACGUAGCCUACAGAAUUUUUUUGGCUACGGCUAUGACAGUGCGUGGGAUCGAGCUGUGGUCAUUACUGGUGCUUCCUCUGGUAUCGGGGAGGAGAUUGCCUACUCGUUCGCGAGGAGAGGAGCACGCUUGUUGCUAGCGGCACGUCGAGAAGACCGUCUUCAUCAGGUGGCGGCUCGUUGCAGCCGGCUGGGAGCUCAUCAGGUGGUAGUACAUCGGACGGACGUGACCAAGCUUGAAGAUUGCAACAGCAUGAUCAAUGCGGCUGUGGAGCAACUAGGAGGGGUCGACAUCCUCGUUAACAAUGCCGGCAUUGCGAAAGGCUUCUUCUUUGACGGCAAGGACGAGCGCCUGGUCGAUGGCAAGCAGAUUUUAGCAGUGGACUUUUGGGGCAAUCUGGUGCCCUCGUACUUUGCACUUCCACACUUGACUAAGGCCCGCUAUGACAGUCCUCGAAGGAUCAUUGUCAUCUCCUCCACCCUGGGGACCUCCCCUUACCCCCGCUUUUCCUUUUAUUGCGCGGUAAAAUAUGCCUUGCGUGGACUCUACGACAGUCUAAAGAUCGAGAUGAAGGAUGGAGUUCGAGUGACCAUAGCAUAUCCUGGCUUUGCGAGGACCGAAAUGACCGGAGAUAAGGACCUUUCUGCAAUUAUUGGCCGUAUGGGUAAUUUGCUCAUGGUCGAUUCUUCGGAAGUUGCUGAAGAGGUUGUGGACGGAGCACUCGCUAGGAAGACACACGUCUUCGUUCCGUCCUAUUGCUUUGCGUUAGCUUGUUUCCAGGCCCUUGCCCCUGAGGUUUUACACCUGGGUGAGUGGCUGUACAUGCGUUAUAGUGUGCUGUACACCUGAGUGGCUGUACAUAGUUGGGAGCUAAUGGCCCACAGUGACACUAGGAACACGUGUCACCUGUUGUGCCCUCAGCUCAGGAGACUAAUACCAUGAAAAAUUUGCCCGACAGUUUUCGCAAUGACAACAGCAGCUGAGCAGCAGGGUGGUAUGCAGUCAGACAGACACACACUCAACGCAGUCAUGCUUUUCCUUGUGGAGUUGGUGUAUAGUGAAAAUGACCGUCACAGCACACAGUUAUUAACUGUUGUGUAUAGCAAACAUGUCAAAACACAUUAAACUGUUGAGUCGGUGUAAGUCCCACGAAACAGUCUGGCACUGUCAUGCUCAUGUGCUUUUGUGGAGUUGUGUAUAGCCAUAUGACGACACACACACACACACACACACACACACGCACACACACACACACACACACACACACACACACACACACACACACAAACACACACACACAUGCACACGGACAUGCACAUGCAAACACAUCACAUGCACACACAUGGGGGGACUUCACACACACACACACACACACAUACACACACACAUGUACACACAUGUACACACAUGGGGAAACUUGUAGGGUGUUUUGAGCAGUGGUGCUCCUGGUGUCAAGUGGAGAUCUUGUGGAGUUUGGGAUUAUUGCACUGAGUCUAACCUUGGUGGUCACGGUGUGAUAGAGAUGAUGGCUAUGUGUAUGGGUUAGCUUGGGAUGAAUGGAAGUGCCAGUGUUGUUCUAUUUGUGCAAGCAAUGAGUGAGUGGCUUUUCAGUUUUCGAAAUUUUUUAGACCACUUGUCACUUGACAAUGUGGGAGUGGUGUUUUCUUGUUACCGGUGACCACUAUUCUUUUGAGUCCGGACCCAUGUAAUUGCGAGCAUGCCACUUUGGCAGCAGAUGGGUGUGUGGGGUCGUGGUGAUGAUUAACCACACAAAUGUGGCCAACAUUCAUUUUCUACUAUAUUGCCUAUCUACACUUUUUGUUUUGUGAAUGAUUUGUGUGAUGGUGGAUGAAAGAGAGAGAGAGAGAGAGAGAGAGAGAGAGUUUAUUGUUUUUCUUUAACAAAUGCAGAGAUGUGGU